AUGAAAACACAGUGGCCGGCCCGACACGGCUGCGGAACAGGUUGUGUCUGGUCAGGUUUUACAGCAGCACAAUCCCACUUUCGAGUUACGUCAGGGAGGAAAAGGGGGAAAAAAAACGUCUGCUUAACAGCACUCCACCAACUCGGCUUCACUCUCCACUUCACUCUCAUUUCAUCUAACGCUCUAAACAGGAGUGGCGAGGUUACUACCAAACCAGGAUCAUGUCCGACUGCAGAUGGAUUGUAUCGCAGUUCUGUGGACUGUGAGUUGGAUAUAGACUGUCCAGGGUGGCAGAAAUGCUGCCAGAGAUGGGGCCGUUCUUUCUGCAGUGAUCCUGCAAGUUCAGCCAAUUAUUUUAAAAAUAAGGGCUGCCAGUGGAACGCAACAGUGACGGUGAAGACAGAUUACCAGCAACUGAUGUCCAAGGAUGAUGGGCUCCGUAAUCACACAAGAUUGUUACAAGCAAUGGUAACCGGAGCUCUGGAGUCUGAGGUUUCCAUCUAUUACUUCAGCUCAUGGCCUGUGCAUCCUUACAGAACUGCCACCUCUCUACUGAUCGGGUGCAACUUCACUCUUUCACUGUAUGAUGUCACAUCAAAACUGCACCUUCUUCUCAAGCACAUACCGGAGGUGUCAUCUGUGACAGUGGAAGAUAUGGACGAAUGCGAACACCCUGCUCUUCAUCAGUGUUCCCUUCAAGCAGACUGUAAUAACACAAUGGGCUCCUAUCAGUGUGUGUGCCAUCAAGGAUACACUGAUGUUGACCCCAACAACCCUGGAGUCUAUUGUACAGCUCAAGUCGCGGUGUGGAACACCACAGGGCCCCCGCUGACCCACCUUCCACUGAUGAACGCAACCUUCACCCCGUCUUCCAACGGCACACAGGACCCUCCAGGCAAUGGCACUGUGGGUCUCCUUAUCUCCUCUGAGACCAGCGUGAUAACACCUCUGAGUAACACAAGCUCUGUCACUUAUAAUUCAUCAAAUGCUUCACGAGGGACAAGUUCUGUGCCUUUUACCAGCAUGAGCACAGCUGCAGAGUCAACUCUGCCAACAUGCCAACCCGCCAUCAUCACCAGCUUGUGGUCGGCUAACGUCACUGGAGCCGCCAUCACCAUCUCCUGGUCAAGCCAGUUUCAAACCAACCAGACUUUCCGGGUCACUCUGAGCAAGGAGUCAGAGGUCAUUUACUUUUGGGAAACCAGUCAGACUAUGACAGAGAUGAGAGGACUUCAGCCCGGGGUACUCUACAAUCUUACUGUCACACCUUGUGUCUGUGGAAGGGAGGGAGCCGCUCAUCACAUGAUGAUCAAAACUGAUGCUCAGACUCUUGGUGCCACAACACGACUUUCUAACAUCCAGUUCACCGCUGACCUUAGGAACAGCAGCAGCCAGAGCCACCAAAACCUCACUAAGAGUUUUAUAGAAGAGAUCUACCAGUCUCUGUCUCCAGAGAUGAAAGUCAUGCUGGAUUCCGGCCAGAUGAGGGUUGAGGUCAGAGGCUUUUCCCCGGGGAGCGUGGUGGUAGAUUUCACCAUAAUCUUAAACCCAGUUCAAAGCUACGAAAUAAUUAAUGCAUCCACAGCCCUUGUGCAAUCUCUGAUGAACAGCUCCAAAUACGUUGUGGAUGCAAGAAAUACAAGCAUUAAAGAUUUUGAUGAAUGUGCCUCAGGGGAAAAUGACUGCUCAGUAUGGGCUUCAUGCAUAAACACCUGGGCUUCUUUCACAUGUGCUUGCAUUCGCGGAUUUAUAGACAAUAAUCCAAAAAGGCCUGGUCGUACUUGUCAAGCAAAUGCUUCUUUGGAUAUGACACCUGCACCAUCAGUGGCAACAUUUUCUACUGUAGGAGCAGCCCCCAGCUCUGAGAUAACACCCCCCGCGACGGCUCUGGUUAAAACCACAAUCACAGAGACACAAGACGUGGUUUCCACAGCAUUUACAACCACUGCUCAUGCUCCCACCACCUCUACCACUCCCUUAUCAACAGUCUUUCAUCUCCCUGCAAUUAACAGCGCUGCCCUAACAACCACUUCUGUCCCAACAACAACCAUUUCUACCUCUGCAAUAACUACUACAUCCUCUACUUCAACAAGCACCUCCUCCACCCUGAGAUCAGCAGCUAAUGCAUCUUUACAAGGAGCCAUCUCAGUUCAGUGCAGAGUUGCUUCCAUUACCACGACUGUUGCCAAAGAUUUUCUUGUGAAUGCUAACGUCCAGGAAAGCGCUUUAUACUUGGGCAUGAUGGAAUGUGGGGUCAAUGGAGGCAAUGAUACCCAUGUUCAGCUGACUGUAGCGUGGAAUGAAUGUGCCACUAUACUUGUGCACAAUGACACCUAUUAUACAGCAUCAGCAACCCUAUUUAGCACCAUGGAUCCGUACAAAUCACCCAAUGGAACAAUGGAAGUUCCCAGAAUACAACUCAAAGUCCCCAUCAUGUGCACCUACCUGAGGAGCGCGUUGAUCUCUGCAGACUUUGGCUCUAUGGGCUAUGACAUGAUCAAAGAUGUCCUCGUCGGCAUGGGAUCAUUCCCGGUGAUAGUGCAGCUGAUGAACGGUACCUCACCUUUGCCCCAGAACUACAGCCUGGCCCCCAAAGAGCCUUUGGUCUUGGAGGUCGGCCUCAAAAUCACAUCAGAGCAGAUUAAAGUGGUCAUCAAUAAAUGCUGGGCCACUCCCACUCAAAACCCUGCAGACCCCUUCACCUACACCUUUCUGGAGAACAGCUGCCCUCUGAACAUUUUCACCCAAGUGUUGAUGAAUGGAAACUCCACCACCUCCCGUGUGUCCGUGCAGAUAUUCUCCUUCAUCAGCCUGAAUGUGAUCUAUCUUCACUGCCAGGUUCAGAUCUGCGUGGAGAUCGGAUCAGAUACCUGUGUGCCUGACUGUCUACAAAGAAAAGCUCGGACCGCAGCUCGGACAGUUAGAACAGUGUUUGGCUCAUUUGGGCCUGUAACCAAGCCAGAUGACGAAUCUCUGGAAGACAAUUCUGACAUUCUUCAUAUAGUUGGCCUCUCCUGUCUUGGAGUCGGUCUGUCGCUCUUCUUCAUCAUUGGAUUUGUCUGUCUCUUUUACUGCCAAAGGAACCGCAUUGGUCACUACAAUUUCAACGUCAAAAAACCAAAAGAAGAGACCUUCACUUACCUGGACGUUCACGCCUAAAUCUGCAGCAGGAAGUAUGCUCAGCCAUUACCCGAGAGCUGCCUCUAGGUGUCACUGUUGCACUGCUUACAUUUAUGCUCUUAUCCAACACUGCUUAUCUUUGCACAUUAAGCUCCUUAUAAAAAAUAUUUAAACAAUAUUUCAGCCCCUCUCAUAUAAAUCAUGAUGUUAAAAUUACGUGUAUUGU